CAACCAGACAUACUGAAGACUGAAGUCUUGGCAACAGGAAAAGGCUGAAUGCUGAGCCCAAUCCUGGCGCUCAGAGCAGUGUGACCGAUUUACGCUUUGCGUGCGGACUACGACUUCUCGUGACACCGGGACAGAUGCUUCUCAGGCAAAUGCUGCCUUCAGUGCAGGAAGUGCGGCGAGGGAACAUAGCGCAUGCUCCCCUAACUCUGUGACAGGCGGAUGAGCUGUCUAUUGCUUUAACGCGCUGAGGCCCACGCUGAGAGCACAUAUUUAAGGUAAUCUCAAAAUGCUGAAAAAAGAAGAAUCCUCCCCAGUCAUCCUGCACCUGGAGCCUAUCCUACAUGGGAUUAAUAACGAAACUGCAGGGAGUGGUACAGUCUUGGCCAUAGAGACCCACCAUGAUGAGAGUAAAGCUGAGGGAGAGGAGACUGAGUAUGGCUAUCCCAUCACCUGUGGAGACAGCAGUGCAGUUCUUCUGAUUAAAAAGUUUGUUUGUCCUGGAAUUAAUGUGAGAUGUGUCAAAUUUAACAAUGAACUUAUUAGUCCCAAGCAGUUUGUAUAUCUGUCAGGAAAGGCUACAUUGAAGGACUGGAAACGAGCCAUUCGACUGGGUGGAGUUAUGCUCAGAAAAAUGAUGGACUCAGGCCAAAUAGAUUUCUAUCAGCACAGUACUGUGUGCAGUAACACCUGUCGCAGCACUAAAUGUGAUGUGCCGAUGAGCAGAGCCAUGGUCCAGCCCAGCCCUCCGAGUGUGACAGGAGAGGAUUUUAAUGAUGCAAUAGGGACUGAAGAACAUUCAGAGGUAAAAUCUGGUGCAGAAACAGAAGAUGGUGCUACUGCAAACCAAUCCCCUAAGCUAGCUACAACAAAUGGACAUCCUGCCAAGAGAGAGAGAAGUGACUCACCAGAUGGAGUACUAAGUCUCUGGAAAUCUGUGGCGGAAUCUGGAUUAAUGGGAAAUGUCUUGUCAAGUGUCCAGACUAAAUUAUUAUUGACUUUAAAAGAAAUCGAGGUUCGGGGUUUGAAUGAUGACUUACAGCUACAAGAUGCCGUCAUCCUUAAUACACUGUGUGAGAUGUUUGGACUUUGUGAGUCAGUGAAGCAGGCUGUGGAACUGAGGCGUAAUUUAAAUGAAGAAAACAGAAUCGACAAUCCUUUUUAUGGAAUGAAUAGGACUUUGAAAAAAAGAAAGAAGAUGGAAAAAGCCUCUACCUGCAAAGCUUCAUCCUCAAAACAACCACGACUUCUGCCUCACGGGUCACCGAGCAACUGUCUUAACAUACUGUCGCCGGUAACAACCAACCCAGCGAUUUUUCCUCUCUCUGCUUUUGGCCUGUCCGAGCACAAUAUAAGCCCUCUUCACUUUGGCCCUUUCUCUGCUCUCAUCUCCACUGACGCUGCAACAUCUAGACAACUUUCUGACAAGUCGAACAUGGAUGGCCAAAAAGUCAAACUGGAGAGGAGGGUGAGAGAAAGUAGUAACUUGAGACGACAAGGUGUGGAUGAAGAGGACAGAGGGGGCAGAGGGGUGCAGAGGGAGGUGAGACAAAGCACUGGUACUUUUGAGAAAGAGCUGCAAAAUAGAGGAGAGGAGGCAGAAAGCAACAGCUAACAUGACACCAGUGCACAGAAGCAUCAAAGAAACUUAAGAAGGAAUAGGUGCUCUCAAAGUGAAGUAUUACAGCUGCGGGCAGACAGACCUCAACUGAAUUAUUGAUGUGUAUGACAUGAUGGGACUAAUAUUGUCUGGAUUUGGAUGACAUCAUAACGUUUAAUAUGACUGGAGUGAUUAAUUGGAUGAAAAGAGACAAAAUAAGUGCUGUUAAUACGCUGAUUGUUUUGGUUUGAUAAAUAUCGCAUAAAAAGGGCAUUCUCACUAAUAUUAUAAUAUGAUAUGGCAUUUCAUAUGAAGAUACCAUGUUAUCCUGUCCCCAUCUGAACAUAGUCUGUAUAUAAGCCGAGUACCCUAGUAUUUGUGACAUUAGAGCCUGAAACAGUACAUUUGAUAAACCGUUUCUAUUUGGGUUUGCAGACAUUGCAUUUGAAGGUAGCAAUUGAAUAUACUGUA